AUGGCUUUGAUAUUGGAUCAACAAUCAAACUUCAAGCACUUUUGUAAAAUUUGCAAAAAAGGUUUUGGUUGUGGCAGAGCUUUGGGAGGACACAUGAGGGCUCAUGGCAUAGGAGAUGAAAGUGGUCACAUGGAUGAUGAUGACCAAGCAAGUGAUUGGGAAGAUAGGUUGGGUGGAAAUGUGCCACCAAGCAACAAACGCAUGUAUGCCUUAAGAACAAACCCUAAUAGACUAAAGAGCUGUAGGGUGUGUGAGAAUUGUGGCAAAGAGUUCUUGUCAUGGAAAUCUUUCCUUGAACAUGGAAAAUGCACCUCUGAGGAUGCCGAGUCCUUGGUCUCGUGUCCUGGAUCCGAUGCCGACGAUGGCGGCAUCGGCAGUGGCCGGAGAGGAUGUGGCUGGUCCAAAAGGAAAAGGUCAUUGAGAACUAAGGUUGGUAGCUUCAAUUACAAUUGCCCAUCAAGCGAGGAAGAAGACCUUGCAAAUUGUUUAAUGAUGUUAUCCAAUGCCAUUGUAGAUCCUCUUAUAGCCGAGCCAGAAGAAUCUUGUGCAUCGGCUAGCAAAGAGGAGGAACAACGAAGAAAUCCCAUGAACUUCAUUGCACCAUUGUCAUACAAAAUCAACAACAACAACCAGCACCUUGUUGAUAACAAGGCCAAAGGGGUUGCCAAGGGCUUGUUUGAAUGCAAAGCAUGCAAGAAGGUUUUCAAUUCCCACCAAGCAUUGGGUGGCCAUAGAGCAAGCCACAAAAAGGUCAAGGGUUGUUUUGCUGCAAAGCUAGACAACCUUGAUGACAAUAUCAUGGAGGAUGAUGUCAUCACACAUGAAGAGUUCUUCCCAACAAAAUCAAACUCCACCCUCCAAUUUGACCAUGGAAGCUCCAAUCCCUCAUUGGCCUCUUCCUCUAAGAGAAAACCCAAAGUGCAUGAAUGCUCCAUUUGCCACAGGAGCUUCUCUUCAGGACAAGCAUUAGGGGGACACAAAAGGUGCCAUUGGAUCACAUCAAAUGCUCCUGACACCUCCACAUUAACAAGAUUUCAACCAUUUCAAGAGCACUUGGAUCAAAUACCCAAAUUUGAUACCUCUUCUGAGCCUCUUGAUCUCAAAUUAGACCUUAACCUUCCUGCACCAUCCAAUGACCUUGCAAGAAGGAAUGUGUCUUCGGAAUUUUACUUGCGGCCUUGGGUUGCAUCAAAGGAUGCUAAAGAUGAUAACAAAAAUAGCCAGUGUCAAAGUCUCCACAACCCUAAUAACAAUCUUGAUAUUGACAAUGAUGAGGACAAAAACAACAACAACUCAAUGCAAAACAUGGACAAUGAAGGUGAUAGUAAGAUCAAGUUGGCGAAACUGAGUGAGCUAAAGGACAUGAACACUGGUGGCAGUUCUUUGCCAUGGUUGCAGGUGGGAAUCGGUUCAACUGCUACUGAUGUGGAAACUGAUAACUGCUGA